AUCAAGGACAGCCGGGACCCCAGCCAGGGCAGCCUUUGCAACCGGGAUCCAUGCCUGGGCAACCUGGGCAGCAAGGACCCUGGCCUGGGCAACCUGGGCAGCAAGGACCCUGGCCUGGGCAACCUGGGCAGCAAGGACCCUGGCCUGGGCAACCUGGGCAGCAAGGACCCUGGCCUGGGCAACCUGGGCAGCAAGGACCCUGGCCUGCACAACCGGGACAACCAGGACCCUGGCCUGCGCAACCGGGACAACCAGGACCCUGGCCUGGGCAACCAGGACCCUGGGCUGCGCAACCGGGGCAACCAGGACCCUGGCCUGCACAACCUGGACAACCAGGACCCUGGGCUGGGCAACCGGGGCAGCAGGGACCGCCUGGGCAACCGGGGCAGCAGGGGCCGCCUGGGCAACCGGGACCUGCCUGGGUCUACUCCUAGAGCUUUGACUGUGCCGUUUAAUUAUCCUAUCCAAGGAGGUUGGCCUCCAAUGAAAAUGUUGACAAUUGAGGCGACUAUCAAAACGAAUAUUGACAAGUUUGGCAUCGAUGUCUGCGCCGGCCAUGAUACUGCUUUUCAUUUUAAUGUUCGUUUUAAGGAGGAUGGCCAUCAGCAAGCUAUUGUCCGAAAUAGCAAAUUCAAUAAUGUUUGGGGGCCAGAAGAAAGGGCUAUACCAAACUUUCCAUUCAAGAAAGGAGAAAAAUUUGAGUUACUGAUUCUUGGUGAACCACAUCAAUACAGGGUGGCUGUGAAUAAACAACAUUUCACUCAGUUCGCACAUCGGUCUAAGAAUUUGAGCCAAGUGACCAAUGUCAAUAUCUACGGUGAUAUUACGCUACAUAAGAUGGUUAUGAUGUAAAUCUGGAAACUAUUUUAAUGUAACUUCUAACACUUCAAGUAAUAAAAUCUAAUCUAAUAUA